AUGAACUUAAUAAUUAAACUAUUUGUUCUUAUUUGCUGUUUUACAAUAAAUAAAAUAGUUUUUUGUGAAUAGGUAUAGCUCAAGAGCAAAAUCAUUUCUUGCUAAUAUAUCUAUCAUUAUUAAACACAAAUAGAUGGUUAAGCUAAGGUGAAUUUAAUUUGCAUUGAUACUUACACGAAGUUCUAAAAAAUAUACGAAAUAGAUUAAAGUGGAAACGUUAGAUUUGUAUUUUAGUUAGAAGAUUCUAAGACUAACUAUUUAACCCUUGCUAUAAGAGUUCUUUCUCAAAACAGACAAUCUCGAGAAUAGCUAAAAAAUAUUUAUUAUUUAACAAGAGAGCUGAAGCAUAAUUAGGAGGGAUGGAAAAUUGAUUAUGUUUCUGGCGAAUUAGGAUAUUAAGCUAGUUUAGAAAAACAAGCAGAUAUUAAAAAUAUGCUUUAGGAAUUUUAUAUGACCAAAGUGUAAAAUCUUAGCAAUGAUAAUCUCUGUAAUCCUAACUAAUUCAAGGAUUGCUAAGUACUUAAUUUUUAUUUGCAAAAUGAGUUUAUAUUCUACACAGUCAAAGCUGGAUCAAAGACAGAUUCUACUUUUUCUAACUUCUUAGGAAAAUUAUCGAUUUAGAAAUAAGAUGACCCAGCUUAACUCUAGUUGAUAAAUAAAGAUCCUAAAAUGUUAGAAUAUGCUUUUUGCCCAAAUUUUAUAAUGUUAUAAAGUACUCUAAGCAGUUCAAAAUAAUAUUUCUUAGUGAGUGGUAAUUUUAUUGAAAACAAAUCUGGAUAAAAGUUUGUAAAGUGCAUUUAGUUAAAUUCAAACGAAGACACAUUUGUCCUUAACGUUGUAGGGCAGACAUUUUAUUUAGCUAAAUUUGAUUCAGUAAGUAAAACAGUCAAUACUAAUGUACUUGGUGACUAUAAUAGUGUAAGUAAAAUUCCUGAGUACAAUUCAGCACUGAUUGUAUAAGGCGCUAAAACAUUUCUUUACUGCAAUGGUUCAUAGAAGCCUUUGAUAUAAAUUCAAAAUACAAACAAAGAUUUUUUAGGCGAAGAUCUAGAAGAUUUACAAUAGUUCUACCAAGGAUACUUCUUAGCAAAUUUUAAAGACCACAAAAGAGAGAUUUACUAAUUUUAAAUGGAUGAAAGUACUUGCAUGGUUACUAAAUUUAUCUAAAUGAAUCUGAUGCCAAGAUAUACAAAGCCUAUCUUUAAAGAUUAUGACAUAUUUACUCCUUAUUUGAUAUAUAUCAUAAAUAGAAUGUGUGCUGAUGAAUAGUAUUUUAAAACUACUCUGAUUGAUAAUGAGUAUAUUAACGGUUGUUCUUAUAGCAUUACAAGAUAAACUAAGCAAUCAGAUAUCUUUUGUAACUUGUAAUGUCGUACUUGCAUGCCGGAAGAUCCUACUAAAUGUACUUCUUGUUUUGUUGAAUACAACUCAUAUUUAGAUCCUUCUACUCAGACAUGCAAAUGUCCUAUUGGGUUUUAUAUAGAAUAAGGAGCUCCUCUUAAAUGUUCGCCUUGUAUUAGCGGCUGCGAUGAAUGUAUAAAUUAUACUUCUUGCAAAACUUGUUCAUCCUCUAGAGUGCUGAAAAAUGGUGUCUGUGAUUGCAACUCAAGCUAAUAUUUUAACAUCUUAUAGAACGAUUGUAUAAAUUUACCUAUUAAUUGUGACUAGGCAAAUGUAUUAGGAUAAUGUACAUAAUGUAAAAGUAGUUUUUUUUUAUAAAAUGGAAUAUGCGCUACAGGUUGUGAUGGAUUUGUAUAUAAAAACUAGUCCUGUGAAAAAACAUGUCCAAAAGGAACAUUCUAAAAUGCAGAUUAAAAAAUAUGUUAAGAUUGUAACUCACUUUGUACUGAAUGCACUACGUUAGAUACUUGCACAGUUUGCAGAGAUGAUGCUAAACUUGAAGGAGAUAAAUGUGUACCUAAGUGCUCCUCAGGAUCUUAUCCAGACCGUUAAGAAACCAUAAGUUGCCUACCUUGCCAUUAAAAUUGUAAAACUUGCAUAGGACCCUUAGAAUCUAAUUGCACAGGCUGUAAAGAAGGCUACUAUUAAUUUAAGAAAGGUUGA